AUGGGUAUAGAAAAGUCAAGCGGGGGUAGCGGACAUGUGGGUACAACUCAAGACAUUAAUUCGGGCAAAAGCACAAAGCAGGCAAGGUCCCCGACUCCAACUCCAACUCCCACUGGAGGUAUGAAUAACAUGGGUGGAAUGGGUGGAGGCGGCGGAAUGAUGAACAAAGGAAUGAGCUCUGGAAGCGGUAUGAUGAACAAUCAGGCCCAUAAAGCUGGUGGACGCUAA